GUGGUAACGGCGGCGAAGGAAGAUGGGAAGAUUAAGAGAGAUCAGGAAGAGGUUUUGAUGGAGUCGCCGUGUGUUUACUCGCUGUCGCCGCCGCCCAGCAACCUUCCGCUGCCUAGUUUCCUACUGACAAGGCAGAAAAAAUAAAGCAAUUGCCAUGGAAUCCGAGAUGGAAUCCAGUUCCAAAGCUGAGGAAGAUAUCGGCUAUAGCAGCAUAACAACCAAGAAAGCCCAACUUCAAUCUAUGCUUUCAACUCUCCUGGAUGAUCCAAUUCUGGCAGAUGUUCCGAAGAAACCUACCCUUGUAGAUGUUGACACCUUGAUAAACUUGGAGCUAGGCAGUGCAAUGAAGAUAACUAUAGUUAAGAUGGACAAUACCUCAUUCGAUGUUGCUGUGCUGAACUCUGCUACCGUUAAGGAUUUGAAAUUAGCAAUCAAGAAGAAAAUAAAUGAGAUGGAGCAAACAACAAUGGGUCAUCGCCACAUUUCAUGGUAUUCUUAUGCUAUCUCACUUGCUCAUGCUCUUCUAAAGAUUUCAGGGAAACAUAUAAUAUAUUGUGAAUAUAACAAUGCAAUUAUGUUUGAGCAGACUAGUUUGUGAACAUUUGACCUUAUU